AUGUUCACCUUCACGAAAAUGCAAAAAAACAGAGCUAGAAAAAUUUUAAUAAAUUUCGAUAAGAUAUUCUCUUCAGCUGACAUAAGGAAUUUUAUUGAUGAAUUAGAAUUAGUAGAUGAAAGAAGAGAGUUCCACCUAACUAUGCAUCAAAAUGUGAUAUCAGCAAACACGUUACAAGCAUUAGAGGUAAGUUUUAAUACAAAUCUAGGAAUAAAAUAUUGCAAUAGUCUUAAUGAGAAUUUCAUUAGGAACAUAGCUCAACCAGGAGAGAAAUUGAAAAUUUACGUAAUACCAGAUGUAGAUGAAGCUGUUAUAUCUGUCCAGGAUAAUGAAAAAGGGACUCAAGAGAUGUUUA